UACAGACAUACAUCACGUGUGUAGCAUACUAGUUCCAGCAGUUUUAUCACUUGUAUAUGUACAUUGUACAUGUACAAGAUUGUCAUAAGAGUGCAGUUUUGUAUGAAAUAUGGCCACCCAGGAAGAUGACCAGUGUGAUGUUUAUCAAAAAGAUCUUUCUUUUCAAUCGGCUUUGAACUAUUCAUGGAGAGAAGGACAGAAUAUGGCUGAAAAGCCAGUCAAGAUUGGUACUCGGGUAGAGAUCAUCGGAAAGGGAUGGUUAGGAAAGGUAGCAUUUGUCGGAACAACCACCUUUGCUACUGGCAAAUGGAUUGGUGUUGCGCUGGAUGAACCUAAGGGGAAGAACAAUGGGACCGUCCAGGGCAAGAAGUAUUUCACUUGCCCUGAUAAUCAUGGAAUCCUUAUUCGACAGUCACAGGUCAAGAUUCUGGAUGAUGGAGACCGCACCCCAUCGCCCGUGACUACACCAGCUCCAGCUAGCAGCAUCCCUAAACCUUUCUCUGCUAAGGGCAAGGCUGAUAGUGCCUUAGCGUCAAAGCAGUCGAGAGCUGCAUUGUACGCCAAAAGUUUGACAGAACGCAAUUUAGAGAAACAUGCCAAUAGUGGCGGCAGAAAAUCAUCCAUUCCAUCCCUGAUGCGCCGGGCCGGCGACAUUCCUUCCUCGCCGCGAAGAAGUUCCUCCCCAUCUGGCAUUCAAGCCCCAAAAUCCAUCCAACGACCAUCGACCAAGCAAGCCUCCAAGAUCGGAAAGCCCCCGUCUACCUCCUCAUCGGCUUCGUCCAACGCCCCUUCGCCCACGCCGACCUCGGCCGCUCAGGCCCCUGCUCCACCCGAGCUAGCAGCCUCCAUGGGUAGCCAGGGAGAUGGGGCGUCGUCAGAGGAGGCAGAGUUCCUCAAGAUGGAGGUGAAGGACCUCCAGGAGAAGCUGGAGACGCUGAAGAUGAAGAGGGCAGAGGACAGGGCCAAGCUGAAGGAGGGAGAGAAGAUCAUGAGGAUUCAACUGCAGCAGCUCCAAGAGUUCAAAUCCAAGAUGAUCGAGGCCAAGGUGGACCUUGAACGCCAGCUCCAGGAUGCCAAGACGGAGGCCAGGGAGGCCGUGGAGGAGAAGGAGCGCCACUCUGACGAGAUGGCCGGUGUGGCAGAGACCAUCGAGAUGGCCACCCUGGACAAGGAGAUGGCCGAGGAGAAGGCGGACACCCUGCAGCAGGAAGUGGACACCCUGAAAGAGCAGGUGGAGGAGUUGACCCUUGACCUUGAGCUGCUACGCAGUGAGAUCGAAGAAGGAGGAACGGAAGGAGCCUCUGCAAGCUACCAACUGAAGCAGCUUGAGCAGCAGAAUAAUCGUCUCAAGGAAGCUCUGGUCAAAUUGCGUGACCUGUCCAACACUGAGAAGCAGGAGCAUCAGAGAGCACAGAAGGACAAGGAGAAGCUCUCUCAAGAACUCAAGGACAUCAAGGCACAGAAAGACAGCACCAACAAAGCCCUCAAGGAUGCAGAAAACACUGUCAUAGAACUGAAGGAACAGGUUGAUGCAGCUCUAGGAGCUGAGGAGAUGGUAGAGAGUCUGACUGAGAAGAACCUGGAGAUGGAGGAGAAGUUCCAGGAACUAGAGGCCACCAUGGCUGAUCUGGAAGCGAUGAAUGACAUGAACGAAGAGCUCCAGGAGAACGCCAGGGAGACAGAGAUGGAGCUGAGGGAGGAGCUAGACAUGUCCAAGAGUCAGGUAUCUCAAUAUCAAAUCAAGAUUAACCAGUUCCAGGAGAACACCCACGAUCAUCAGGAGACCAUCGCCAAGUUCAGGCAGCUCACUGCAUCCCUUCAGGAGAAGAAUCGUGAGCUCAUGAACCAGACCCAGUCCAGUGAAACCGAUGUCUCUCCGUCUGAGGUUCCGGCAUAUGACUUCACCACCAAGUUUGCUGAAGCAAAGGCACAGUCUAAGACUAUCGAGGUGGAGCUUCGUAAGCUGGAGGUGAAUCAAGCCAAUGAGCAUAUCCGUCUUCUCACAUCCUUUAUGCCAGACUCAUUCCUACGCAGAGGAGGUGACCAUGACUGUGUUCAUGUGCUGAUGCUGGUGUCUCGUAUGCUGGCCAAGUCUAAGCUUCUCAUCAACCAUGUCAAAGACAAGGCUGAAAUACCAGAGACAGUAGACAGAGAGCAAGUUCUUCGUCAUAACUUCGGGGAGCAGCUCUCCUUCUUCAACUCUCUCACGUUCAUGAUGCAUAAGCUGAGAGCUAUCCUCAACAAGUACAACACUGCUCUGAAUACCUGCAGUGUGGAGCUCUUCUGCAAGAUUGGAACCCUUUUCCCAGAGAUAGCUCCCCAUGAACGAUGUGUGGAUCACAUGCUUGAUCUCCUGAGAAAGGAUCAGCUUGAUGAGAAUGUCUCCAUGGAGUCCCUGGAGCGAGCCAUUGAGUACCUGGAGCACCUGUACAGUGUCCAUCUGCUCCAGGAGGAGAUCAACACCACCACCCUCAUGGCCAACCACGUCUCUCUCAUGUCCUCUGGAUCAGACUGUGUCGCCCUCGAGGUCAAGAAGCUGCGAGUCCUCAUGCAGGCCAAUCAGGAGACGGCUGAUUUCUCUAUCCUAAUGCGUGAUAUGGAGAGCACCAACACCGAUCUCAAACAGUUUGCUAGAAUGAUCCGUCGACGUCUGCCAAGCCAAGCAUUGGAAUCUACCAUGGAUGGCCCCAGUCCUGGACCUACUUCCAUAUCCUAUGGAGUCGAUGUUCAGAAUUCUCUGUAUGAGAGUGCCGAUCACAUGAGGAUGGUGGUAACGGCUUUGAAGGACCUUGGACACCAUGCUAUGAAGCAUGCCAGCUCUCUUGCAGACGAGGCAGUGAAGAACAAAGACAAGUCAGAUGAAGAGAAGGCCAAAGAUACUGAAGGUAUACCAGUGAAGAAGCUGGAACAGCUAGCCGAUAGGUCCUCAGAACUUGCCUUUGGAAAGGCCGACAAGGGACCCUACCAGAGCUUCAGGGAACGCUUGGUAAAAGCCAUGGUGAUCCUGAACAAGAUCAGCACCGCCAUGCAGGAGGGAGAGUAUGAUGCUAACAUGCCACAAGACAAGGUCCAAGUCCCAGUUGAACGACGUGCAUUGAAAGUGAAAUCCGAGAUCUGUGAUGCUGAGGGACUUGGUCACAAGCUGGAGAGCAAGGAAAGCGAGAUGAAAGAAAUGAAACGACAACUCAAACAAAAGCAAGAUGAAGUGAGUACCAGCCAGGUGCGUCUGGGACUGGUUGAGAAGAAGCUAGAGAACGCAAGCCGUGAUGCCGAGGACAAGGUCCGGAAGGUGGAUCAGAAGCUCGCCGCAGCUCAAGAACAGUCCAAGAAGAAAGAGAAAGAGUUUGAGGCUACCUUAGACCAUAUGCAGGUAGACAUUGAUUCCCUGGAGCAAGAGAAGAGUGAGCUGAAGCAGAGACUGACUAACCUAUCCAAGAAGACAUUGUUAGACAGCAUCACCAGGACCUCACCACAGUCUGGCAUCGCUGCUGCUAUGUCAGGAGGAACUGGACAAGGUACAGGUUCACCUACCAGUCCUUCUGCAGGUCCAAGCAUUGGAGGUCAGGUCGUGAUCAAAGAUUCACCCAUGUUACUACAACAGCUGGAUACCCUCCGCUAUGCCCUGAGACACGUCAAGCAUGAGAACAGCCGGCUGAGAGCUCAGAAAAUGAAGACAAUCAUGGAUGAGCUGCCUCCUCUGAAUGUCCCCAAGAAGCCUGUUGGUAUCGUCAGUCCUACAGGCUUUGUCAAGCUGGAGACAGAGGCUACACCCGAGAAGGAUGAGGACACCAGCAAACUACCCAACAAGGAUGUCGCUUACCUCACCAGGAACACUCGCAAAAUCAUUCAGGAUUUGCACAACCUUGCAGCCUGCCCUCGUGUGGUUGACAUCAGCCAUCGUAAACCCGGCACCGUGCCAGCUCUGGAGAAGGCCACACCCAAACACCAGAUGGUGGACAGGAGCUGUCGCAUCCAGGACAUCAGCAAGAAUCUCACUCAGCUGAAAAUUGAAAUGCAGAAGUUGCUGUCAUCGCAGAAGCCUGGAGCGCAUGUAACCUCCGCUUUCAAUCAGUUCACUUCAACUGAAUAUUCCAAGGUUCAAGAGGAGCAAGGCCAAGCGACCAGCCUAGGCCGAGUCUACAUCCCUCUACCAUCCGGGCAGCAAUCCGCAUCUUAUUCUCUCAAUCUACAACCCCAUCAGCUCAAACAGCUGUAUGCCAGGGUUAUAGCAACAUAGAGCGUGUAGUCCCACAAGCCACUUAUAAUGUGAUGUUCGUGCAUUUAUGUGUAGUCCCACAAACUGUCUAUUGUGUUAAAUUAUAUAUAUAUUCUCUCAAUUUACAACCCCACUAGCUCCAGCAGCUGUAUGCUAGGGUUAUAGCGAUAUAGAGAAUGUAGUCCAACAAGCUACUUAAAAUGUGAUGUUACGUGUAUGUAUGUGUAGUUCCACAAACUGUCCCUCAUGUGAUCAUCCCUAGAAAAAUGUUUGAAAGAUUAACAGCUUUUUAUUUAAGGUGUCGGGGUAGCGACCCAUCUUCUUAAUAUCUUAUGCCCUCAAUCUUAAUCUACAACCAUAUCAGGUGAAACAGCUGUAUGCCAGGGUCAUUAUGGAGUACAUAUGUAGUCCCAUGGGCUACUUAUAAUGUUAUAUUACAUAGGUCCCACAGACUACCUUUCAUGUUAUAUUGAUUACAUGUAGUCCCACACAAUAGCUAUCAUGUUGUCCCUUGUGAUCAUCCAUCUCAAAAUCUUUGAAAGAUAGCCAGUUUAGUCCUAUUUAGAUUAGAAAUAUUUAUUUAAGAGGACAGGGCAGCAUUCAACUUUUUAUGCUCUCAUUCCAGUAUCAUGUCAGCUGAAGUAGCAAGUAGCUAUACAUGCCAGCAUCAGCAACAUAAAGCAAACAUUAAAUGCAUAUUUAGUCAACAUGUUGUGUUUAUGUAGUCCCAGUGACUGGCACAUUCGUUAGUUUUUUAGAUAAAUCCUCUCACAAACAGACAUUAAAAUUGUCAUGCUGAAUAACUUCAAUUAGGUGUAUGUAUGUCAUGUAAAAUUAAGAGCUUUCUGUGUAUGUGGUCAAAUAUUUCUAAGCUUUUUGGAGUGCAGAUGCAUAGCUAUAAUGAAGUAUGUGCAUUAUAAAUGUCCAAUUGUUAUUAUGUAAUCUUGUAGAAUAAAUUACAAUUAUAAACAGUAAUAUAUUGUUGAACCGAUCAAAUGAUUACAUUUGGUCAGAUUUUAGUUGUGCA